GCCGUGUCGCAUGCACUGUCAGUUUCGCUCGGAUACUCAUACAUGAGUUUUAUCGUGCUCGUCGUUGAACGCAAUAACCCCACAAAGAUUACAUAUACGCUUGAUUCCAUUUUUCCAUUCGUGUGUAACACAUUCCUUAAAUUACAAGAAUUAUAUUCAGUUCUACCGUUCGUUCCGUUCCGUCGAUUAAACAGCUCGAGAUUAUCCUACGACUAUCUUCUGUCGCCGUCGCUAUAAGAGAAGAACGAAAUGGUUGAGAUAAUUUGAUUUACACAAUAGGAUAUAUUUCGACGAGAAAGAAGACACGAAAUAUAUUCAUUGAACGAAUAUUUUUUCCAACCUUUCAUUGGUCGAUUUCAAAGAACACGAAGGGAUAAAAACGACAGAACGGAGAAUCAUUUGCCUCUACCGUUGGUCAAUUACGCAGUUCAUGGAUAAAGGCAUGUUCUAGCGGGAAGACAGAGAAGCAGUAGUGCCGCGGCGGUGGAAGCGAGACGAAUGAUUAUGGGGAAGAAGUAUCGUGGACGAUUUCUAUGCAUGCCAACGCGUAGAUCUCGAAUUGCGAGGACAUAAUGGCGACAUUGAGUGAAAAAGCGACAGAAAAUCGGAUACCUAUCGAUUCGUCUGUUACUUCCCACGAUUUUGAUCUCUACGCACCUUUGUCACAAGAUGCUGUAUCGAACGCUUGAUUCUGGAUUAUUGCGCCAUACCAGGGGAAGGUUAACGCACCGCGGAUGGGAUCACUCGGAAGUAAUUAAUAAGUGAAAGUCGUGGAAAAACGAUCGCGAGAAACGUGAAAAAUCCUUUGUUUCGUUUCUUCACAUUCCUCUCAAUCUCCCUCCUAUUCCGUCGAUAGAAAGCAGAAUUGUGGUGCACCUUUUUGAAAAAGGCAACGGUUACACCGAGCGACAUCGUGGUUCGACUAUGAGAGAAAGAAACAAAAAAUGAAGGGUUUAUUUUUUACCCUGAGUUUGUUGUUUUCGGUGCAAGGACUUGCCCGGAGCACGUCUGAUCACGAAAUGCAUGAGAACGGAGCACUGGACCCACUUGACCGGGGACCAUACUUCGACGUCUCAGCUUCUCGUAACGUCACCGUGCUGGUUGGUAAAACGGCAACACUGAACUGCCGAGUACGGAAUCUAGGCGACCGCACGGUAUCCUGGGUAAGGCACAGGGAUAUCCACCUUUUGACCACUGGUCUUGAAACAUACACGUCCGACCAAAGAUUCGUGGCAUCACACUUCCCUAGAACCGAAGAUUGGUCGCUUCAAGUGAAAUAUUCGCAGCGCCGUGAUUCCGGGAUCUAUGAGUGUCAAGUGUCAACAACACCACCGAUCGGUCAUUCGAUGCAUCUCUCGGUUGUCGAGCCUGUCACGUCGAUAGUUGGCGAAUCAGAGAUGUUCAUAAACAAGGGCAGCACAAUGAAUCUCACUUGCGUGGUACGUUACAGCCCUGAACCACCAACCGCCAUUUACUGGACCCACGAUCAUGAGGUGAUCAACUACGACAGUCCUAGGGGCGGCGUAUCGGUGAUCACCGAGAAAGGAGAAGUUACAACGUCGUAUCUUCUGGUGCAGCGUGCCCAGCCUGCAGAUAGCGGCCAGUAUACCUGCCAUCCGAGUAACGCUAAUGCAAAGACUGUCCUCGUACAGAUACUUAAUGGGGAACAUCCUGCGGCGAUGCAACACGGAGGCCAACUAAGGCUAGCAAAUCUGCCAUUUGUAAUGAUUUCGACUACUCUGCUGGCCUUUCUAAAUCAUCGUUAUUGAAGCAGGCCUCGUCGUUGGAUCAUGAAAUACUCAUUUCGGAUAUUCAUCGACUAUAUUAAUACGUCACUGGUAGCCGCAUUUCGGAAAUCAACUAAACUCACUUAAGAAAUGGCUGUUACGAAGAGGAAGUGACAACCAUCUUGAAAGUAUAUGAACCACGUUUCAAAAUACCAGUGAAAAAUGGAAUGAUAAAAUGAUUUUAUUGGAUCAAGAAUGCAAAGAAACAAAUCUGUGAAAAAAGAAAAGAAAAAGGUGAAGGUGGAAUCGGACCAUAUUGCGGCACAAUGGAUACUGAAUGUAUUAUAAGAAAAGUAGUCUGUUGUAACAAAAUAAGAUAAGAAUUGAUA